ACUCUUAAAUACCACACAGGAAACUAGUGAUCUUGGCCCCAGAGCCUCUUUCCUCACCUGAUGGUUUAAAAGUUGUGAGAAGCAAUCAGGUGACAACAGAGACCUGGUCAGACCUCUGAAGAAGAUGCUCCUGCUCCUGAUCUUCCUGGUGUCUGUCCUACCACUCAGCACUGAUGGAGGAAAAAUAUUUUGGGGUACAGAGGUCAAGCCCCAUUCCCGGCCCUACAUGGCAUACUUAAAUAUUGAUAGGAACAAUUCACACUAUGUCUGUGGUGGUUUCCUGGUGGAUAAGGACAUCGUAAUGACAGCAGCUCACUGUAAUGGAAGACCUAUAACUGUAACCUUGGGUGCUCAUGAUAUGAGGAACAAGAAAAACACCCAGCACAUUUCUGUUAUUGAAUUCAAACCUCACGAGGCCUAUGAUGACAAAACGUUGGUCAAUGACAUCAUGCUACUAAAGCUCAAACACAAAGCUCAAAUCAAUAGUUUUGUGAAGACCAUUGCUCUGCCAAAGAGUGAGGACUGGGUGAAACCUGGGCAAGUGUGCACGGUGGCAGGCUGGGGAAACCUGGCCAACUGUCAUCUGUCUAACACACUUCAGGAAGCAAAUCUAGAAGUUCAAAAAAAACAGUCGUGCAUGGAAAUGUCAAGAAACUACAAUGACUCCAUCCAACUCUGUGUAGGAAAUCCCGAUAAAAAGAUGGCUGCUGGUGCUGGAGAUUCUGGAGGACCCUUUGUGUGUAACAAUGUGGCUCAGGGCAUUGUCAGUCAUCGCUUUUGUACUGGACAACCUCCUCAGGUAUUCACCAGAAUCUCCAGCUUUAUACCUUGGAUUAAGAAAACAAUGAAACUCCUUCAACAAUCCUAGGAGAAAAU